ACGUAAAAGUAACCAGACAGUAUACACUUUUAAUUUCUUGAUAUUGUUGAACAUUAUCGAGCCAAUUGUUGCUUUGUUCAGUCAAGUAACCGCCUUGACUUCACGUGAUAUUCAAACUUCUCAGCUGAUUGUUUAUACUAGUACAUCCGUACAAUUUUUGUUUACUUUUUUUUAUUUAUAUAAUCAUUAAUUAAAAAAUGAAUUUAUUUGAUGAAUUUUUAAACGCUGUGAAUGAUGUUAAGCUUGGGUUUAUCGUGGCAAUGGUAAUUGGCUAUAGUUUUUACCGUUUUGGCAAGAAAAGUAUUCCUAAUACAGUAGAAAAAAAACCUGAAGAAGUGUUAAUGGAGGCUAGUGAUGAUGAUGAUGAUUAUAAAAUGGUUUUGGUUGUUAGAAACGAUUUGAAAAUGGGCAAAGGCAAAGUUGCAGCUCAGUGUGCUCAUGCUGCUGUUAGUAAUUACAAAGCUGCUAGAAAAUAUCCUAAAAUUUUAGCCGGAUGGGAAGAUUGUGGUCAGAAAAAAAUUGCAUUAAAAGUGGAUAACGUUGAGCAGCUGGAAGAAAUAGCCAAGAAUGCGAGAGCAGUUGGACUUAUUGCCAGAGUAAUUCAAGAUGCUGGUCACACACAAGUCGAACCUGGCUCCAAAACAGUCUGUGGUGUUGGUCCUGGUCCUGCUCAUUUAAUUGAUCAAGUAACUGGUCACUUAAAAUUGUAUUAAAUUAUACUGAAUCAGUAUAUAAACAUUAU